AUGUCGCUCCCACAGCAAGCUAGCCAGUUCUUGUCGCACCUGGCGGUACGUCGGUCGACCUACACCCUCGCCAAGACCCCCUCGAUCCUGACCGCCGACCAGAUCCGUACGAUCCUCUCCAAGAUCCUGCGCGAGUCUCCGUCAUCCUUCAACUCCAAGUCCCCUCGUCUCGUCCUCCUCCUCGGUGCGGAGCACGACGAGUACUGGUCGACCACCGUUCCCACCGCCCUCUCCUCCGCAAUCAAGUCCUCUGGAGGGGACGACAAAGCCGUCUCAUCCGCCGUCGGUCGGCUGGACCUGUUCAAACCGGCUUUCGGCACCAUCCUCUUCUUCGAAUCGCAAUCCGUCGUCCAGGGUCAACAGAAAAACAUUCCGCAGUACGCAGACAACUUCCCCAUCUGGAGUCAGCACGCCAGCGCCAUUGCGCAGACCAACACUUGGGUCGCCCUGACCAACGCUGGCUACGGCGCAAAUUUGCAGCACUACGGAAACUUGACCGAGAAGGAGGUCAAGGGCAAGUAUGGGUUGCCCGAGGACUGGAAGUUCACCGCAGAGUUGGUAUUCGGCGCCAAAACGGACGAGCCUAAGCCCAAGGAGUACAAUGAGGACAAGGAGAAUGAGGAGCGACUCAAAGUGUUUGGCGCUUAG